GUGGCAGCAAGCGGCGGAGAGUAACACGCCGAAGAAGAAGAAGAAGAAGAUAAAGAAUGGACGAAGAGGCGGUAGUGAAAUUCGUGGAAACAUACUUGAAAAAGAAAGGGUUUAAACAAGCCGAGCUCGCUUUUCACGACGAAGUUCACCGCAACAAUUCAAAUUCGAACUCAAUCAGUAUCCAUUCCGAUCCUGAUCUUUCUCAUCUCCUCCUUACUCUCUCACAGUCUGAGGAUACUCCAGCACAAUAUAGUGAUGAAUAUGGUAAAUUACGGUCUUGGGCGAAUAGUUCGCUUGAUUUGUAUAAGCCCGAGCUGCUCCGUGUGCUUUAUCCAGUGUUUGUCCAUUGUUAUAUGGAUCUUGUAGCAAAAGGCCAUAUCCAAGAGGCUAGAAUUUUCUUCAAUAAUUUUCGUGAAGAUCACGAGACAUUGCACUCACGAGAUCUUCAGAAGUUGGAAGGAGUACUUUCUCCCUCGCACUUGGAGGAGAUGGAAUUUGCUCAUACUCUUAGGCAGAGCAAAGUUAACAUAAAGAUAUGUCAGUACUCCAAUGAGCUCCUGAUGCAGUAUCUACGUAAUACUAAGUCCACUAUGAUGCUUGGGCUUGUUAAUGAACAUAUUAACUUCCAAGUUUCUCCUGGACAGCCUACCUUAAUGUCUGAUGAUGCUGAGUUUGUAACACUAAUUGGAAGCAGCCAGGAUGUGGCGAAUCUGGUAAAUAAGAAAGAAAUACAUUGGGGGCUGCUUGAAGAUUCUUUGGAGGAACGCUUGGAGAAGGCAGGAGGUUUGCUCUCAGAUUCUGAAAAGACAGAAGGGGAAGCCAAAGAGGGGGACAUGGAUGAAAGCAAGAAAAGAUUAACAGAAGGUGGCAAGCAAGGCACUUCUAAUAAAAAGUUGAAGAAGGACAAAGCUACUGGUGCAACUGCAAAAGUUGUGCGUCCUGAGACUAUCACUGCACCACGCGUCAAACCAGAGCUUCCUUUGCCAGUAAUCCUGACAGAGGUAGAACAGUCUAUUCUUGAGGACUUGAGGAACCGUGUACAGCUAAGUAGUGCAGCACUACCAUCUGUUAGCUUUUAUACAUUUAUCAACACACAUAACAGUUUGAAUUGUUCUUCAAUAUCCCACGAUGGAUCUUUGGUCGCUGGGGGAUUCUCAGACUCCUCACUGAAGGUUUGGGAUAUGGCUAAACUGGGGCAACAAGGUGGCAGUUCUGUUUUGCAGGGUGAUAAUGCUCCCAAUGAACAUGUCCUAGGCCCAAAUGGUGCCAAAAGAUCCUACACAUUAUUUCAGGGUCAUUCAGGGCCUGUUUAUUCAGCCACUUUUAGUCCUCUUGGAGAUUUUAUUCUUUCCUCUUCAGCAGACACAACGAUUCGAUUAUGGAGCACAAAACUAAAUGCGAAUCUUGUUUGCUACAAGGGUCAUAAUUAUCCUGUAUGGGAUGUUCAGUUUAGUCCUGUAGGGCACUAUUUUGCCAGUGCUUCACAUGAUCGAACAGCAAGAAUUUGGUCCAUGGAUAGAAUACAGCCUUUAAGAAUAUUGGCAGGUCACCUGUCUGAUGUUGAUUGUGUACAAUGGCAUGCCAACUGCAACUACAUUGCUACUGGAUCCAGUGACAAAACAGUUAGACUCUGGGAUGUACAAAGUGGGGAAUGUGUGCGGAUUUUCAUUGGUCACAGGAGUAUGAUUAUGUCAUUGGCAAUGUCUCCAGAUGGCCGAUAUAUGGCAUCAGCUGAUGAAGAUGGCACAAUUAUGAUGUGGGACCUUUCAAGUGGUCGCUGUGUUUCACCCUUGAUGGGCCACAAUUCAUGCGUAUGGACACUAGCUUUCAGUUGUGAAGGUUCACUGCUCGCAUCUGGUUCUGCUGAUUGUACUGUGAAACUAUGGGAUGUGACCACAAGCACAAAAGCUCCCAGGGCCGAAGAAAUCAAAAGUGGAAGUGCAAACAGAUUAAGAUCACUCAAAACUCUUCCGACAAAAUCAACCCCAGUAUAUUCCCUGAGGUUCUCUCGGAGGAAUCUUCUGUUUGCUGCCGGAGUCCUGUCAAAAGGUGGGCAAGGUACUCCUGUUUCAUGAGAGCAAGACAUAUGUGCAACUAAAGAAUGGAGUAGCGCUAGAGCAAAGGCCAUGCUAAUGUAUUUUGGAUCGGAUCAAUUGCUGUAUAAUCUUUACAUGGCAUUCAGGCGGGAUCAAAUUUUGUUUUUGAUCAAUCUAUAUAUUGAGGAAACACAGGAUUAAACAUUAAAUGUUGUAUUAUUUUGUAUACUCAAAACUUUAUAUAAUAGAUUAUCCAUUUUUUUAUCAU